AACAACAGCGAGCAACCAACCAACAGCUCGACGUCAGGCAUCCUCCCCCGUCGCAGCGAGCAGCCAUGUUUGGCAACCGAUUCCAACCCACGGGACAGCCGGGCACUUUUCAGCAGGCGGCUGCAGCUGCCGGGCAACAAGCGGCACCCGGCACUGCGGCCACGAGACAGUUCGCACCCGUGUUCGGCGCCCCGCCAGUGGCUGCACAGCAGCUUACUGGUGCUGGCGUUCCGCGGCAACAGGCUUUUCUAACACCCCAGCAACAGCAGCAGCAGCAGUUCCAGCAACAACAGUUGCAGCAGCAGCAGCUACGACAGCAGCAGCAGUUUCAGCAGCAGCAGCUUCAACAACAGCAGCUUCAGCAACAGCAGCUUCAGCAGCAGCAGCUUCAGCAACAGCAGCUACAACAGCAGCAGCAGCUACAGCAGCAACAGCAGCAGCAGUUUCGGCCACAGCAGCCAGCGGCACCACCGUAUCAGGUUCCUCCGGGGGGUGCUUAUCCGGGCGCACCACUGCCUGUCAGUUUUCCGGGAACCCAAGGAGCGCCGCAAGGGUUUCCCGGACGUCAACCGGUGGGUCUCGCACCACGGCCUCCUUACGCGGGCGUUCCACAGGGGCCGUAUGCGGUGCCCGCACCCCAAACUGCACCGGGAGUGCAGCCUCUGGCACCGCAGAGUUUCGCCCCGGGUCUACAGUACCAGCCUGUGGCUCCCAGCUACGUUGCCCCACCGCCUCAAGCUUUGCCCGCGCCAGCCGGGGGGGCCCUGCCUGCGAACGCCGUCGCCGGACUGGAUCCUGCACGUCUUACGGUGGACAAUAUCUUGCAAGUCCUCACAGAAAGAGGCAUUGACUGGCGUCGCAUCAUCCAAGACCCCCAGUACGCGCCAAAGAUAUUCGCCGCCCAAUCGGACGAAGAUGAGAGCGACGAGGAUGAAGAGAGCGAGGAGGAAGAAAGUGGAAGCGAAGAAGAGACAGGCUCGAAAGAUUCGGCGCGGCCUGGCUCCGGUGGAGCAUCCACCGCUGGUGGUUCCCAGGAAGCUCCGAUAAGUGACGAAGAAUUGACCAAAGCACUGGAAGGAGGCCACGCCCUCACUGAUGAUGGAACCGACAUUAACGUGAUCCAAGAUGGCAAACAAAAUGACGUGAACGACACAAUCGAACGCUUUCUCCAAAUCGAGCUGAAGAACUGCAACGCCACCAUUGGUGACGUCACAGCACUCCAGCACGCACCGCAUCUGAUGGAUGUUCGAAAAAAUGGACCGCUCCUUGAUGCCACAAGUUUGGUGGUCUCCGACAACUUCCUUGAUGACGCCUUGAAGUCUCGCAGCUAA